AUGGGUGUCGUGUUAGGCACCUUGGCCGGACGUUUAGUUCAUCCCACAGCGCAAGUUCUGCAUAUCAAAAGUGGCCCACUUGGCACUCGCAUUUGUUUUUGCCAGCUCCUUCGUCGAGACGACGGCGGCAGAGAAGUGGGACGGCUCCGUAUUCGGGAGAGUCGACCCGUUCCACCCGUUCCGAGUGCGAGAGUAGGUCGAGGCCGUGAACGCCCCCGGGUCCUCCAAUCGAAACUUCGGAGGGAACCAGCUACUAGACAAGUCGAUUGGUCUUUCGCCCCUACACCCGAUUCCGACGAUCGAUUUGCACGUCAGAGGCACUUCGGACUUCCACCAGUUUCCUGUGGCUUCAUACAAACCGGGCGUGAUUCGCCAUCUUUCGGGUCCCUGGCCGCUCGCUAUGCCAGAGUCAGCCGAGUCGUACUCGGAGAAAAAAUUACCGACCCGGGGGUGAUCCGCCCGCGCGCAGCGCCUAAACUCGACGACCUAAAUCUUUUCCCCCCGCCACAAGCGCCCGAGCCCCCUGCGUCAUCUCCCGGCGACGGGAAAAUCGUGGAGGAACCGAUACGGGACGAACGGAGGAAAAGGGGGAAACGGACGACGGGACGAAGACAGCAAGCGCCGGCGGAAUCGGGCAUGGCUAGUCAGGUGGAAGGAAGCGAGAAGCUCCCCUCCGGAACCGCUUUCGCCGCGACCGGUGCCCUCCCACGCGUAACCGGUGCCCUCCCACGCGCUCUCUCGCUUUUGCUGCGCCUUCGGGGUUCUUCGGGGUCCCUACGACUCGCGAACGGCCAGGACUCCUCGGUUCGUGUUUCAAGACGGGUCGGGUGGGUUGCCGAUGCACCUCGCGGACCCGAGUUGACGGGCGGCACAGUCAGACGCCGACCUACCGCGCCGGCAGUGCCCUCCCGCGCGCCCAGAUUUUUGCGUCCGGACGCGGAGAAGACGUCGCGACGAGACGACAUCACGCACCGGCGCGGGAAUCGACGCGGCCCCGUCAGUUUCGAAGCUCCCGCGAACACUGUCCCUCGCGCGCCCGAGACGGUGGGGAGCCGAGGGCGCGGGACCCGCGGCGCGGAUCGUCCGACGAGAAGAAACUGGUUCGCCACGUGUAUCGGAUCGCAUUUUCGUUUCCUCGGUCCCCGGCAGAAGGGGGCAGUACGCGUCUAA